AGCCGCCAUGGAGAAGUUGGUGGUGUGGGCGUCAGUGGUGUUGUGGGUGACUGUAGGCUUAACAUGGGCAUCCCCUCUGCCUCAGCGUGAGGCGUUCGGAAGCACGACUUUUAUCACCCCACAAGUGCAGCAGCAACAGCAGCAACAGCAAUCACAGAAUGCCUCCCUCAUCACGGAGCAAAUCUUAAGGAACAUUAUGAACAACGCGUUAACUUUCGGCUCUCCUCUUCUCCGCAACUCCCUAGAACGUGACCUGAGCUUUAUGCUGGCCUCGCCCACCCCAGGGCUGUUCAACUCAGGGCUGUCUCUUCACUCCGGCAGGAACAUUGACACAGGCAGCAGAUUGUUUGACGCUCUGCUCACCAAUCUUCGCACGGGGGCAGUGGAGAGGGAGCUGGUCAACAUGCUGGCGGGGGAGCAAGCUAGAGGUUUGACCUUCCCCGGGAUUGGCCUCAGGGGCUUCACAGGAAGGAGUUUCGUGAAUGGAGGGUUAGGUGGUGGUACAGGGAUCGGACCCAACUCCCCUGUGGUGAUGGUGUUCCUCAGCAGCCCCAACUCCCUGUCCCGCGUCGUCAGCAUGUUCCCCAACUCGCCCAUCGUCAUCAGCAACACAGGGCUGCCCAGCGGGGACAUCUUUACCCCAGCGCCCUCCCCCUUCUCCAGCCUAUUCCCCCAGGGUGACCAGCUCUCCCCUGUACUGCAGAGGUUCCUGGAGGGAGACCUGUCUAUCUCAGGGGUGGGACCGCAGCCUGACCAGGAUCUGGCCUCCCUGGACCAAGCGCUGGUGGGCAGGAGGCGCGGUCCAUCCCAGACCUCCAGAGGCAGACUCCCGAACCUGCUGGAGCGCGGACAGGCCGCCGCUAAGACACCAGCAGCAGUCCAGCAGGCGGUCAUGGAGGGCAGCAGGGUGGUGGCGCUGCCCUCUGCCGUGGCCGCCAUCCCCGCCCUGGCCAGGCUGCCGCUCAACGACGCCAUCCAGACCACCGCCGCCACGCAGGCCCAGGGCGCCGCUCAGACUCAGACCCAGACUUUAUCCCAAGGCCAAACUCAGUCCCAAAUUGAAACUGAGUCCCAAGCACAAACUCAGUCCCAGACCCUAACUCAGUCCCAAGGCCAAACUCAGUCCCAGAUUGAAACUGAGUCCCAAACACAAACUCAAUCCCAGACCCAAACUCAGUCCCAAGGCAAAACUCAGUCCCAAGUUCAGACUCAGUCACAGACUGCAACUGAGGGCCAAGCAGAAACUCUGUCUGAGACUGAAACUCAGUCCCACACACAAACUGAGUCCCAAACCCAAACUGAACUCCAGGACAACUCUCAUCAGUCCCAGGGCAGCACGCAGACCAGCACAGCAUCCUCAGCCCCUUCAGCUCCAGGCAGCAGCAGCAGCAGCAGCAGCAGUGCCGCGGCGCCACACAAGAUGAUGCCCGUGGCCAUCAUCUUCCCUGACACGGAGUCCAUGCCGCCUGCCGACGCCGCCAAGAUGUCCCCGCUGGCCAUCGUGUUCCCAGAGGUGACCAUGACCACCCCCCACGCCGCACCCGCCGACGCCUCCGCCGCCACUGACACUCAACAGCCAGACAGUCAGCCCCAGGGGGAAGCUCAGUCUCAGCUUAUAUCUCAGUUCCAGACUGAAACACAGACCCAGACCACUUCACAGUCCCAAGCUGAGACUCAGUCCCAAGCUGAGGCACAGUCCCAAGCUGAGGCACAGUCCCAAGCUGAAGCACAGUCCCAAGCCACUUCACAGUCCCAAGCUGAGGCACAGUUCCAAGCUGAAGCACAGUCCCAAGUCACUUCACAGUCCCAAGCUGAGACUCAGUCCCAAGCUGAGACACAGUCCCAAGCCACCUCACAGUCCCAAGCUGAAGCACAGUCCCAAGCUGAGGCACAUUCCCAAGUCACUUCACAGUCCCAAACCACUUCACAGUCCCAAGCUGAGGCACAGUCCCAAGCCACUUCACAGUCCCAAGCUGAGGCACAGUCCCAAGUCACUUCACAGUCCCAAGCUGGAGCACAGUCCCAAGUUACAUCACAGUCCCAAGCUGAAGCACAGUCCCAAGCUGAGGCACAGUCCCAAGCCACUUCACAGUCCCAAGCUGAGGCACAGUCCCAAGUUACAUCACAGUCCCAAGCUGGAGCACAAUCCCAAGCCACUUCACAGUCCCAAGCUGAGGCACAGUCCCAAGUCACUUCACAGUCCCAAGCUGGAGCACAGUCCCAAGUUACAUCACAGUCCCAAGCUGUCCCAAGCUGUCCCAAGCUGAGGCACAGUCCCAAGUCACUUCACAGUCCCAAGCUGGAGCACAGUCCCAAGUUACAUCACAGUCCCAAGCCACUUCACAGUCCCAAGCUGAGGCACAGUCCCAAGUCUGAGGCACAGUCCCAAGCCACUUCACAGUCCCAAGCUGAGGCACAGUCCCAAGCCACUUCACAGUCCCAAGCUGAGGCACAGUCCCAAGUUACAUCACAGUCCCAAGCCACUUCACAGUCCCAAGCUGAGGCACAGUCCCAAGUCACACAGUCCCAAGCCACUUCACAGUCCCAAGCUGGAGCACAGUCCCAAGUUACAUCACAGUCCCAAGCCACUUCACAGUCCCAAGCUGAGGCACAGUCCCAAGCCACUUCACAGUCCCAGGCUGAGAUCCAGUCCCAAACUUCUUUACAGUCCCAAGCUGAGGAACAGUCUCAAGCCACUUCACAGUCCCAAGCUGUGGCACAGUCCCAAGCUGAGAUUCAGUCCCAAACUUCUUUGCAGUCCCAAGCUGAGGCACAGUCCCAAGCCAUUUCACAGUUCCAAGCUGAGGCACAGUCCCAAGCUGAGGCACAGUCCCAGACCACUUCACAGUCCCAAGCUGGAGCACAGUCCCAAGUUACAUCACAGUCCCAAGCCACUUCACAGUCCCAAGCUGAGGCACAGUCCCAAGUCACUUCACAGUCCCAAGCUGGAGCACAGUCCCAAGUUACAUCACAGUCCCAAGCCACUUCACAGUCCCAAGCUGAGGCACAGUCCCAAGCUGAGGCACAGUCCCAAGCCACUUCACAGUCCCAAGCUGAGGCACAGUCCCAAGUCACUUCACAGUCCCAAGCUGGAGCACAGUCCCAAGUUACAUCACAGUCCCAAGCUGGAGCACAGUCCCAAGUUACAUCACAGUCCCAAGCCACUUCACAGUCCCAAGCAGAAGCACAGUCCCAAGUCAUAUCACAGUCUCAAGCCACUUCACAGUCCCAAGCUGAGGCUCAGUCCCAAGCAACUUCACAGUCCCAGGCUGAGAUCCAGUCCCAAACUUCUUUACAGUCCCAAGCUGAGGAACAGUCUCAAGCCACUUCACAGUCCCAAGCUGUGGCACAGUCCCAAGCUGAGAUUCAGUCCCAAACUUCUUUGCAGUCCCAAGCUGAGGCACAGUCCCAAGCCAUUUCACAGUUCCAAGCUGAGGCACAGUCCCAAGCUGAGGCACAGUCCCAGACCACUUCACAGUCCCAAGCUGAGACUGAGUCCCAAGCCACUUCACAGUCUCUAGCUGAGGCACAGUCCCAAGCCGCUUCACAGUCCCAGGUCACUUCACAGUCCCAAGCUGAGGCACAGUCCCAAACCACUUCACAGUCCCAAGCUGAGGCACAGUCCCAAACCACUUCACAGUCCCAGACUACUUCACAAUCCCAAGCUGAGGCACAGUCCCAAGCCAAUUCACAAUCUCAAACUGGGACUGAGUCCCAAGCCACUUUACAGUCCCAAACCACUUCACAGUCUCAAGCUGAGUCUCAGUUCCAAGCUGAGGCACAGUCCCAAGCUGAGGCACAGUCCCAUGCCACUUCACAGUCCCAAGUUGAGGCACAGACCCAGACCACUUCACAGUCCCAAGUUGAGACUGAGUCCCAGUCCACUUCACAGUCCCAAACUGAGGCACAAUCCCAAGUCACUUCACAGUCUCAAACUGGGACUGAGUCCCAAGCCACUUUACAGUCCCAGUCCACUUCACAGUCCCAAGCUGAGACACAGUCCCAGGCCAAUUCACAGUCACAGGCUGGUACUCAGUUCUUGGGUGACACUCAGUCCCACACUCAAAUUCAAUUCCCUGGUCAGGUUCAGUCCCAGACCAGCAUCCAGUCCCCUGAGGCCCUGCAGUCCGUGGGUGGCGUAGGAGAGGAUGUGGGCGAGGGGGCGGGUGUGGCGGUGAGUCACUUGACGCGCGGCGACGCGCCGGCCCAGCUCAUCCGCCGUCUUGGCGCCGCUUCGGACGCCGCCGCCGGCAGCGGGAGCAGGCUGACCACCCGCGUCAGAACGUUGAACUCUGACUCAGUGGCGCAGCAGAGCACGGGUGCCAGGGAGCAGGGCAGCUCAGCGCGACAGCAGGGCAACAGGGCUAGGCAGCAGGUCAGCACAGCAAGACAGCAAGUUACUAACGGCAGACAACAGCAGAUCAGCACAGCAAGACAGCAGGUUACCAAUGGCAGGCAGCAUCAGGUCAGCACAGGGAGGCAGCGAGGUAAUAGCAGGCAGCAACAGCAGCAGCAGCAGGUCAGCACAGCGAGGCAGCGAGUCUCUGAUGUGGACCAAGCGGAACUCACUGCAGCAGGACAGCAAACCACACUUGAGCAACACAGUUCCAGUUCCACCCUGGCACUGAAAGACUCGGCCUCCGCCUCCACCUCCGCCUCCACCUUCACCUCCGCUCAGCAGCAUGACGCUACCGUUGAGCAACAGCAGGCUUCCACAGCUGAGCUGCAGACUUCUGCUGCUGAAGAGCAGACGUCAGCAGGUGACCAGCAGAUGAUAGCUGAACAAACUACGACUGAACAACAGGCGUCUCUAACUGAACAGCAGUCAUCCGCAGCUGACCAGCAGAGUUUUACUCUUGAACAGCAGGCUUCCAUUACAGAAGGGCAUGAGUCAACCUCAGAACAGCAGACUUCCAUUACAGAAGGGCAUGAGUCAACCUCAGAACAGCAGACACUCAGCGGCCAACAAGCUGCCGGAGAUGUGCAACGUUCAACUGCAGCACAGCAGGACGCCUCCACUCUUGAACAGCAGCAGCAGCAAGCUUCCGCCGUAGAGCAGCACAGCUCUACGGUGAGACAGCACAGCUCAGCCGCACAACAGUCAUCUUCCUCUACAGCUGCGCAACAAGGAUCUUUCACUGCACAACUCACUACCGCUGUGGAACAGCUGAGUUCUACAGCGAGACAGCGAGGUAGCAUAGCACGACAGCAGGUAGUAGGAGAACAGCAGCAAGUGGUUACAGAACAGCAGCGAGGCAGUAGAGCACGUCAACAGGUGGUUACAGAACAGCAGAGAGGCAGCAGAGCACGGCAGCAGGUAGUUGCAGGAGAACAGCAGCGAAGUAGAACAGCAGCGAGGCAGCAUAGCGCGGCAGCAGAACAGCAGCGAGGCAGCAGAGUGCGGCAGCAGGUGGCAGAACAUCAACGAGGGAGCACAGCACGGCAGCAAGUCUCAAACGGAGUGCAACAGCGCAGCAGCACAUCACGGCAGCAAAUUUUAGAGACAGAUCAACAGCGAGGCAGCAACACAGCACGUCAGCAAGGCAGUAGCACAGCGCGACAGCAACAAGUAUCCGGUGUGCAGCACGAGUUUGAAGCCUCUCAAGCUGUGGACCAAAGCAUAGCAGCACAGCAGAACAGCUUCACUCAACAGCAAACUGCUGCUGCAGCAGAACAGGAUAUUGUGACGCAACAGCAGAUCUUUACAGCAGAACAGCAGACUUCCACUGCUGAGGGAAUUUUCACAGCAGAAGAGUCUGUGGCAGCAGAGCAGGGAGUCACUGGUGAGCACACUUCUGCCACUGGGGAGCCUGCAGCAGCAGUAGCAGGGCAACAGAGCGCUGGGGCCGAGCAAACUCUGGCAGCAGAGCAGCAGGGCGCUGAGGCAGAGGAGGUUUCAGCAACAGACCAAGAUACUGAGACUGAGAAACCUACAGCCGCUGAGCAGCGUGCUGACGGGCCUGAGCAGGCAGCGGCGGCGGGAGAGCAGCAGGGCGGUGGCGCUGAGCAGGCAGCGGCGGCGGGCGAGCAACAGGGCGGUGGCGCUGAGCAGGCAGAGGCAGGCGAGCAGCAGGGCGAUGGCGCUGAGCUGGCAGCAGGAGACGAGCAGACUGCUAGAGAUGAGCAGCUCUCAGCAGCAGAAGAGAGCACUGGUGAUGAACAGCAGAGUCUUGCAGCACAGCAGGAGACUGUCGGUGAGCAGGAGGCUUCCAUCGUGGAACAGCGAACUACAACAGGAGAGCAGCAGUCUGUUGCCGCGGCACAGCAGACCUCAAGGACAGAACAGCAAGAGGGCGUGUCAGCAGCUGAACAGCAACGCUCUGCAGUGAGACAGGAAGCCAGCAGGGCAAGGCAGCAGAGCGCAGCAAGCAGGCAGCGGGGAGGUAGCUCAACCAAUGGCAGGAGCAGCGUUACCAAUGGCAGGGUCAGCAUUAGUAAUGACAGGAGCAGCGUUACCAAUGGCAGGGACAACGUUAGUAAUGGCAGGGGCAGCGUUAGUAAUGACAGAGGCACGUCAAGGCAGCAGCAGGUGGAUGGUGGCAGGCGAGGUUCCUCAGUGAGGCAGCAGGUGUUCUCCACGGCCCAGCAGCAGGAAGAGGAGUUUUCCAGCAGGCGCGGCGAGGCUGCGGUGACUGUGGGGGAGUUUGUGGCCAACAGACUGUCAGGCGUGGUGAAGGCCGCCGCCACGCUGCAGGGGGCCAGGGACACCGCCCAGGCACAGGACCAGGACCAGGACCAGGACCAAUUCCAGGCUCAUUCCCAGUCCCAGUCUCAGUCCCAGACGACCACUGAAGACCAGACUCAGACUCAUUCCCAGUCCGAGACUCAGUCCAGUGGUCAAGCUGAGUCCCAAAGCAACACUCAGUUCCAGUCUCAAGCUGAAAGUCAGUCCCAGUCCCGGAGUGAAGGUCAGUCCCAAAGUGAAGGUCAGUCCCGAAGUGAAGGUCAGUCCCGGAGUGAAGGUCAGUCCCAAAGUGAAGGUCAGAUUGAGUCCCAGGCCGACACACAGACGCAAUCCCAAAGUCAGUCCCAAGAUGAGGCUCAGUCCCAGACCACUGCUCAGACCCAGGAUGAAACUCAGUCGCAAGCGCAAAUACAGUCCCAAAGCAGCACUCAGUCCCAGGGUGAAAGACAAUCCCAGGGUGAGACUCAGUCCCAGGCCGUUACUCAGGCCCAGGGGGAAACUCAAGCCCAGUCCAACACUCAGUCCCAAGUCACCAUUCAAUCCCAGUCCCAGGGUGAAACUCAGUCCCAGGCCACUUCUCAGUCCCAGGGUGAAACUCAGUCCCACGCUGAUGACACUCAGUCGCAGGCUCAAAUUCGGCUCCAGACUAAUGAAAUUCAGUCCCAGGAUGAGACUCAGUCCCAGGCCACUUCUCAAUCCCAGACUGAAACUCAGUCCCAGGCUCAAAUUCAGUCCGAAGCCACUUCUCAGUCCCAGUUUGACGCUCAGUCCCGUGCUGAAGGGCAGUCCCAGUUUGACAGUCAGUCCCGUGCUGAAGGGCAGUCCCAGUUCGACAGUCAGUCCCGUGCUGAAGGACAGUCCCAGUUCGACAGUCAGUCCCGUGCUGAAGGGCAGUCCCAGUUCGACAGUCAGUCCCGUGCUGAAGGACAGUCCCAGUUUGAUAGUCAGUCCCGUGCUGAAGGGCAGUCCCAGUUUGACAGUCAGUCCCGUGCUGAAGGACAGUCCCAGUUCGACAGUCAGUCCCGUGCUGAAGGGCAGUCCCAGUUCGACAGUCAGUCCCGUGCUGAAGGACAGUCCCAGUUUGAUAGUCAGUCCCGUGCUGAAGGGCAGUCCCAGUUUGACAGUCAGUCCCGUGCUGAAGGGCAGUCCCAGUUUGACAGUCAGUCCCGUGCUGAAGGACAGUCCCAGUUUGAUAGUCAGUCCCGUGCUGAAGGGCAGUCCCAGUUUGACAGUCAGUCCCGUGCUGAAGGACAGUCCCAGUUUGAUAGUCAGUCCCGUGCUGAAGGGCAAUCCCAGUUUGACAGUCAGUCCCGUACUGAAGGGCAGUCCCAGUUUGACAGUCAGUCCCGUGCUGAAGACCAGUCUCAGUUUGACAGACAGUCCCAGUUUGACAAACAGUCCCAGUUUGACAGUCAGUCCCAGUUCAACAGUCAGUCCCGUGCUGAAGGGCAGUCCCAGUUCGACAGUCAGUCCCGUGCUGAAGGGCAGUCCCAGUUUGACAGUCAGUCCCGUGCUGAAGACCAGUCUCAGUUUGACAGACAGUCCCAGUUUGACAAACAGUCCCAGUUUGACAGUCAGUCCCGUGCUGAAGGGCAGUCCCAGUUCGACAGUCAGUCACGUGCUGAAGGGCAGUCCCAGUUCGACAGUCAGUCACGUGCUGAAGGGCAGUCCCAGUUUGACAGUCAGUCCCAGCUUGACAGUCAGUCUCAGUUUGACAGUCAGUCACGUGCUGAAGGGCAGUCCCAGUUCGACAGUCAGUCACGUGCUGAAGGGCAGUCCCAGUUUGACAGUCAGUCCCAGUUCGACAGUCAGUCACGUGCUGAAGGGCAGUCCCAGUUCGACAGUCAGUCACGUGCUGAAGGGCAGUUCCAGUUUGACAGUCAGUCCCAGUUCGACAGUCAGUCACGUGCUGAAGGACAGUCCCAGCUUGACAGUCAGUCACGUGCUGAAGGGCAGUCCCAGUUUGACAGUCAGUCCCAGUUCGACAGUCAGUCCCGUGCUGAAGGGCAGUCCCAAUUUGAUAGUCAGUCCCGUGGUGGUGCUCAGUCCGAGCUCAGCAGACAGUCCCAAUUUGAUAGUCAGUCCCAGUUCAACAGUCAGUCCCAGUUUGAAAAUCAGUUCAGGGCUGGAAUUCAGUCCCAAAGCAACACUCAAUCCCGGUCCAGGAGUCAGUCGCGGGCAGAAUCUCAGUCCCAGUCCAGCAGUCAGUCUCAGUCCCAGGCCGCUGAACAGUCGAGGAGUGCCGGUGGUACGCGCGGCAGGGUUUCCCAGAGCUUCCAGAGUUUUAACAGCAGAUUCGUGUCUCCCGCGGGCUCCUUCACCUUCCUACCUAAUUCCUUCGCAGAGCGCGCCCGCGGCCUGGGCCUGAACGUGCCGGCACUUCCCACCGCCACCCAGACCACAGGCAGGGGCAGAGACAGGGGCGCUAGCAGAGGCAGAGAUAGUGGCAGAGACAGUGGCAGGAACAGAGACGCUGGCAGGGGCAGAGAUAAUGGUAGGGACAGGAGCAAUGGCAGGGGCAGGAACGGCGGCAGAGGCAGAGCGUAAGAAAACCAAAUUCCCCACUACAGGAAGGGCCAAGCUGAGGUAAUGUUACAGAAUCGCGCUGCCCUGGGCCCUGGCUCUCUCUGGCUCUACAACAAUGGCCCCUACUCUGAAACGCUUUGCUCUCUCACCACCACUAUUUUCCAAGGCCACAGAUUUGCUUAACCUGAUUUUCAAGAGUUUUUCCAGUUGAUAAUGUAGAAAUCUUGUCACUGCCUCCAGAACCGCAAGAAACACUUUGAAAAACUCAUUUGAAUUCAAAUAAAGCCUUUUAAAAUAGUGGAGAUAAAGCGCAGAAGUGUUUGAGAAUACCAGCCUGAUGUGUAGCCUAUGUAUGGCACAGAUCACUUCUCUAGCCUACCACUAUGUUCUGACACUUCCUGGCCGCCCACUCAUCUCCACUACAUACUUUCACAAGGCUCUAUAGGUGACAUGGGACGGGAUUUUAAGGAUAUUUCUACUGUUCAAGUGACGAAUUGAUAAUAUUUCCUCAUUACGAGCAGGAGAAACACUUGAGAACCUUGCUGGUCAUCACUUAUUGCCCUUGAAAACAGUCGUGGUGAGAGAUAUGAAUCAACUAAAUGUGGCAGAGCAUGGGAUAUCCUGUGCCAGCUGCCUGUGUUCUAAGACUAAAACGCUUUACUCUCUCACCAUCACUGCUUUCAAAAGGCUCAAGUCGAAGAUAAUCGUGUUUAUAAGGGUAUUUUUAUGGUUCUGGUGAUGGAUUGGCAAGAAUUCUAGUUCAUCAUAAGAAGAAACUGCCUUAAGGGGCUAUCACACUAGCCUAUGAUACGCGGAACGCGGGCCAUGGUUCUUGGUACGAAACCAGGAACACUAUCACACACAAGCUGCCCGUGUUCUUGUUAUGCUAGGCAAACUGCCCACUAACCA